AUGUACGGGCCCUCGCAGGCCAACCCGCCCCUGACGGGCGCCAUCGUCUCUGUCUACAACGCCGGGCAGGCCAUCGGCGGUUUCACCGUGGGCUACCUCGCCGACCGCUACAGCCGCAAGUACACGCUGUGCCUCGCCGCCGUGCUGACCAUCGUCGCCGCGGCGCUGCAGGCCGGCGCCGUGCACGUGGGCAUGAUGAUCGCGGGCCGCCUGCUCGGCGGGCUCGCGUGCGGGCAGAUCAUCGCCGUCGUGCCCGUGUACAUCGCCGAGGUGGCGCCGCCGCAGCACCGGGGCUUGCUCGUCGGCCUGCAGGGCAUGAUGCAGGCCAGCGGGUUCGGGCUCGCCAACUGGGUCGGGUACGCGGGCGCGUUCGCCACGGGGUCGGCCACGUGGAGGAUCCCGCUCGCGAUGCAGAUCCCCAUCCCCAUCGUGCUUGCGAUCGCGGUGCUGUUUGUGCCUUUCUCGCCGCGUUGGCUCAUCAUGCAAGACCGUAUCGAGGAGGCCGAAGCAGGUAGGUUAAGCCGCCUUCCUUCAUGUCAAGCUUUUACCCCUGUCUCUCCCUCCCCAAAACACAUCACUGACGUCCAAACACCGACAGUCCUCAUCCGCCUCCACUCCGGCGCCGACGCCUCCGGCCAGGACCUCGUCGCGCAGGAGAUCAUCCAGAUCCGGCAGCAGCUGGCCCUCGAGCGCUCGCAGCAGGGCGGCAGCUGGGCCUCGGCCCUGGCGACCAUGUUCUCGCGGCGCUUCGCCCGCCGCACCGCCAUGGCCGCCUUCAUCCUCAUGCACGGGCAGCUGUCGGGAGCUCCGGUGAUCCAGAACUACCAGAACAUCUUCUACGCCAUGGUCGGCUUCACGGGCCGCACGUCGCUGCUCAUCAGCGGCGUGUACGGCAUGAUGGGCGUGCUGGGCGCCGUCGUCUACCUGCUCGUCGUGGCGGACCGGUGGCCGCGCGUGCGCACCAUGUGGACGGGCUCGGCGGCGCUCGUGGCCAUCAUCUCCGUCUGCACGGCGCUGAGCGCCGUCUACGGCUCCUCGGGCGGCAGGGCGCAGGCCCAGACCCCUUCGCAGCAGGCCGGCGCGCGGGCGUCCAUCGCGUUCAUCUUCUUGUACUCGGGUGUGUUCGCCGUCUUCUUCAACUCGAUGAUCUACGUCGUGCCGUCGGAGCUGUUCCCCACGUUCCUGCGGUCCAAGGGCCUGGCGUUUGCCGUCUUCGCCAAGGCCGUCACGGCGAUCGUGCUCUCGCAGGUCACGCCGAUCGCGCUGGCGGACGUGGGCUGGAGGUUCUACAUCUUCUUCAUCUGCACCAACGUCUUUGCCGGCUGCCUGUACUUUUUCUUCCUCCCCGAGACCGGCGGGAAGAGUCUCGAGGAGAUCGCCGAGCUCUUCGGCGAUACGCUGGCUACCGAGCACAUCGGCCGGAUCGACGUCGAUGCCAAGACUGGAGCGCGCGGUGAGGGCGCUGAGCACUUUGAGAUGGCCGAGGGCGAACGCCGUGGAGACGCGGUUCAAUCUAGAGUCUAG